UUAGGGAGACAUCAGCGUUUCUUUCCAUAAAAUAAUGGGGAUUUGUUGGAUUUCAGCUUGAGUAUAUUCUUGUUUAAUCAUCUUAACAAAGUAGAUAUUGAAAAAUUUUAAACAGAGAAUAAAAUAUUAUUCAAAUACUAAUUUUUAAUGAAAUCAAAGAUGAGAGAUUAAUAGGAACUUAUGGAUGUUUUUGUAACCAUGGAUUACGAGGGAAACUUUUAUAAUUAAAAAAGAAAAAUGCAGAAAAGAAGAGAAAAGCUUGGGAUUAUUACGAUACAAUUUAUUAAAAAAAAAGAGAGAAAUGUAAAGUCUUUUUGUCCAUUAUAAGUAACAUAGUCUAAUCUGAUUACAGUUGAUUAUGAACUAAGGACCUCUGCCCAUAGAAUAUAGAUACUUCAAAACCUUUUCUAAAUUAUCUCUCUCUUUGUCCAAAACCGGAAAGAAGAAAAAAACCACCAUAGCCAUGGCUGUGACGUCAAAGCAAGACCCAUCACCUGCCUUUGUAGAAACAGUACAAGAAAUCAUGAAACUUUACAGAUCACUUCCACCAAGGCCUUCCAUUGAAGAUGUUGAAGCUGCCAAGUCUGUUCUUAAAACUGUAGAAAAUGAAGAAAAAAUCAAGCUUGAGGACAUCUCAAAGGAACAAGUACCUGAAGAUGUUCCUGAGGAACUGUUCUCUGUUUUGCAACAGGUGAGGCAGACCAUGGUGUUGUUUCAAAGCCAUGAUCAAAAAAAGGAGGCCCUUUUCUUGGUUGAAGCCGACAAGAUGUUUGAGACCUUUGAUGGGUUGAUUCAAAGGGCUUCUUUACUAGUUUCCGGGGAUACCCAGGAUGAGAAAGUGAGUACUUUUGGGGAACAAGUAAGAAAAAUUGACCGAGAAAGUGUGACCAGAGAUGACAGUUUGGUGAAGAGCAAGGAAGAUGGUGAAUUGGAUAAAGAUGAUGCAAAGGGUUUGGUUAGAAGCUCUUCUACAAAAGUUUCUUUCUUUUCAGGUGAAGAUAGCAGUGACAAACUAAACCUAAUGAAGACAGCAGCCCUUAUUGAAAAUACUGCUAGAACAGGAGCAAUAGUUCUUGAUCUUAGGGGCAAGUUGAUGGACCAGAUUGAGUGGCUCCCUGUGUCAAUUGGUAAAUUAAAGGAUGUGAGUGAACUGGACUUAUCGGAAAACCGAAUCAUGGCCCUGCCACCCUCCCUUGGUGGGCUUCAAGCCUUGACGAAGCUUGAUCUUCACUCGAACCAACUUAUUAACCUUCCUGAUUCAGUUGAGGAACUUGUCAAUUUAAUAGAGCUUGAUCUCCAUGCAAACAGGUUAAGGUCAUUGCCUGCUUCUUUUGGGAACUUGACAAACCUUAUGAAUCUAGAUUUGAGUUCAAACGAGUUCACCCAUUUGCCAGAUAAUAUCGGAAAUUUGACCUCUUUGAAGAGACUAUAUGUGGAAACAAAUGAACUUGAAGGACUUCCAUACACAAUUGGAAAUUGCUGCUCAUUGUUGGAGAUAAGAUUAGAUUUCAAUCAGAUAAAGGCUCUUCCUGAGGCAAUUGGGAAGCUUGAAUGCUUGGAGAUUCUUACUGCACACUAUAACAGGCUCAAAGGGUUGCCAACAACAAUGGGCAACCUUUCCAAUUUAAAGGAGCUUGAUGUAAGCUUCAAUGAGAUUGAAUCCAUUCCUGAGAACCUCUGUUUUGCAGCAAGUCUUAGAAAAUUGAAUGUGGGGAAGAACUUUGCAGAUCUAAGAGCCUUGCCAAGAUCAAUUGGAAACCUUGAGAUGCUUGAAGAGUUGGAUAUAAGUGACAACCAGAUUAGAAUUCUACCAGAUUCUUUCGGAUUAUUAUCAAAAUUGAGAGUUUUCCAUGCUGAUGAGACUCCAUUGGAAGUUCCACCCAGUCAAGUAAUCAAACUGGGUGCUCAGGCUGUUGUUCAGUUCAUGGCCAAUCUUGUUGCUAAGAGGAAUACCAAGACUCCACCAGAAAAGAAGAAGAAGGGUUUUUGCUUCAGGAUUUGCCCAAUUUUUUGGCCAUUCCAGACUGCAAAUACUGGGACAAUGUAACCAGUGAAUGACUACUUUAAACUUUAAUCUUCAGCUUCUUGCACAUAGCUCAAAAUGUUUUGGUUUCUUUUCAAGAUUUGUUCUACAUCAAUGAUAUUACUUGUAAAUUAUUUGUGGGAUUGCAGAGCUUUUUCUGCAGACGGUUGCUUGGUUCAAAUUCCAGUGAAAUGAGAAACAUUACUAUUGUAGUGGCAUCUAUUCUCCAGCAACCAAAUUCUAGCUUUUUUAUAUAUUCCAUUUCUUUCUUUUUUUGUUAUAAGGAGGCUGAACACUGAACUCAGUAGAUAUAAGAAUGGAUUGUAAAUGUAGUGGGAUUCGAAUAUAGAUUUACUGAAUAAUUGAAUAAAUUAACUGAAUUAUAUUUGGGGAUUUGACAACUUUUUUAAAAACUUGUUCCUUGUUUUGACUCCCAACUAUAUUCUGACAAAUCUAAUCAUGUAAUCAAAGACAACUUGAUUAAAACUUUAAAAAAUGUUAAUUACAAAUAGGUGUUGAUUAACAGAUGAUUUAGUAGACAACUUUCAUUUUCACAUACACUUACAAUCUGAUUAAAAUUUCCCCGAACAGCAGGAAAGGCAGGUUUUGUGCUCUUAAAGGUA